AUGGCCCUGCGAGGGCUGGCUCUGGCCUUUCUCCUGGUCCUUGCACCUCUGCUGCCUGCACAGGGACAGAAGGAUCCUGGUCGAAAAACUCAGGGAGCAGCUAAGGAAGUAGAAACAUGCCAAAGACCCUGGUGGGAUCGAAGACUCCAGCUGGCACCAAACCAGGCAACCUACAAAAAGAAUGAAGAAGUCAUGCUGAGCUGCCCUGAGGGUCUCCAUCCAUCCUUCUCCCAAGUCAAAUGUUCAGAGACUGUCCAGUCCAUGAGUUAUCCUGAAUCCAUUAACCGAGAUGUGUGGUGGGGGAGAACUGGCACUGGUGGCUGGAUCCGCAUUCACGGGCCCGUGGUGUGCAUCGAACUUCUCCAGGUUGUCCCUGGGACUCUGGAGGUUUCUGCCACCAGCAUCAAACUGAACUGGACCUGCAGGUUCCCUGACACCUGCCAGCACAUGCGGGCCAUGUGCCGUUUGGCCUGGCCUUCCUCCCCUCCCUGUGAGGCCAAGGAGGUCACGGGAGAGGAGAUGCUACAGGGCCAGAAGGGAACAUUUACCUGCCCCCCUCUGCAGCCCUUCACUGUCUACAGUGUCAUCAUCUCCUUGCCCCCCAGCACGGUCCUGUACACACGGCUGGUCAAGACAGAGGAAACAGUGCCGGACAAACUGGGGAAAUUGUCUCUGGAUCCCAGCACGGGGUUCCUCAUGUGGAACGCUCUGCCCUCCUGCAAAGGGGAGGUCCUUGGAUACCAGCUGAACAUCACCGCCAGGAGAGCACAUGAUGGCAGUUUCCUUGAAUUCAAGCAGCUGAUAGUGAAUGCGUCUGUCACUCAAUACAUGCCACCUCGUCAGAGACCUGGCAGCAAAUACGUGGUGACAAUCCAGGGCCUGACAGCAGCUGGUGCUGGAGAUGCAUCAACCCUGGAAUUCCUAACGUACAUCUCAGGGAUCCUGUGGUUUGUGCUGUCCAGGAAAAAGAAAGCCUUGCCGAACAAAGCUGAGGAGGAGCAUUACACAGAGCUCCAGUCCUAUGAAAACUUGGACUCUUACUGUGUGAUCAAGGGCCAUCCUCUGGCAGAUGAUGUUGCAGUAACUGCAAUCUCUACAGUGGAUAUGGCUCAUCUCUGGCAGCCUGUGAAGAACAGCCAGCUGGGGCCAGGGCAGAGUGAAGAAGAAGUAGACGAGGGCUUCUGCAGAGAGCUGGAAGUGACCUCAUGUUUGCAGGCCCUGGUCCUCCUGGGAGACUUUAACCAUGCCAAUAUCUUCUGGAGGGGCAACAGAGCAGGGCACAGGCAAUCCAGGAGGUUCCUGGAGAGCAUUGAUGACAACUUCCAGAUACAGGUGACAGGGGAGGCAACAAGGAGAGAUGCUCUGCUGGACCUCAGGUUAACAAAUCUGAUAGCCUUCUAUGGUGGAAUGACUAGCUGGGUACAUGAAGGGAGAGCAGUGGAUGUUCUCUAUCCUGACUUCACACGUUGCACUCUCUCAGACAUUGUCAUAGGUAAGGCUGAUGAAGUAUAG